UCCAUCAGAAAAAGAGUAGCAGGGAAGAGUAACAGGAAUUCUUCCUGGGCACCAACAUCCAGAAGCAGCGUAUUCCAUCCUGGAAACGGCUGUGUUUCUAAUGUCCGGCCACUGCGCGUUGAAAGGAAGGAUAUGCAGGCCUGAGAAGCUGCGGCCCUCAAAAGGCGCUCUAAAGCUAAGGGGCUUUGGCUGAGUUUGUGGAGCGUCUGAAGUGUGGAAGGGUAGAAAGCGACAGUUGUAGGAGGAAGCAGGUGCUGAGCAGCCCAUCGGUGAGGAAAAGGUCCAGGUAUGUAUUGUCAGAGGAGCUGUGUAGCCCCCAAAAGCGGCCUACAGCCAAAAACCUCUCCUGUCAUCCAUGAGUUUGCAAAUAUUGUUUGCACUGGAGAUAGAGACUUCUUCCCCUCCCAGGAGACCAGUGGCCAUGUUGGGGCUCCCUGACAGUUCAGAAUGGGGUGCUGCUUUAACCAGACCAUUAUAGACACUGUAGCCAACCAUACCAUUUCUGGGGAAUAAAGUCAACAUAGCCUCCACGCUGCCUCAGUGCUGAGGCCUAACAGUGAACCUUUGGGCCAAAUGCACAAUAUUAUGCCCUCUCAGUCACAGUGAGAGGGGGCUUCUCCAGAACUGCCUGGUGUAAAUACGUGCCCCUCCUCUAGUCACCUGGAAGGGUAGGCCUGCAUAAACAUUAGCUAAUUUUGCUAAUACCCCUAUUGGUUAAGCACUACCCCCAAGCUGACAAGCCACACCAAUUUCUGAGGUUGGGGUCAUGACAUCCAGCACUUCCCAUGGGAUUCUUCUGUAAAUCAGAGUGCGGCAUCACAAAGCUCCUGGAGAAGAGGUAGUGCCUCCUUGAUUUCCAAAGAUUAGCUGACCUAGGGAUCCCAUCCACAUUUCCUCAUUUGUAAAGAAAAAUAAUGUGACAUGAGGUCUUGCAGGAGGGGAUUGAACUGUGGUCUCAUAAAGGUAAGAAGGCAUCUUCCACAGAGGGCAACUUGAUUUUUUCUUUUUAAAUUAAGCAACAUUGAAGUGACAAACCAGUUCCCUUACUUUUAUGUUGAAGCUGCUGAAGCAAUUCAUUUCCUGUUAUCACAGGGGAAAGAAUCAGCAUGAUUUCGUCUUAAGAAACUGACAAGAGCGGAAGAGAGAACCCAGUUUGAAACCGCACCGCCAGAGUGCUAUGUGGGAGGCAAACAGCACCAUAACCACCUAAGAGAUUCUUCUUACAGCGUUUUGAGAGAAAUCAAAAACAACAGUUGAGAAUCAUGAAAGUCAGAUUGUUCCUUGGUGUUCUGCUAUUACUAGACCUUUUAAGUUCCUGUUAUUUUUAUAAGUCAAAUACUUUGCCUGAUAUAGAAGACACACAGUUUAUUAAGGAGUGCGUGAAUGCUCAUAACAACUUUCGGUCCAAGGUGAAUCCACCAGCCAGAAACAUGCUUCACAUGUCCUGGGACUCUGCUUUAGCUAAGAGUGCCAAAGCAUGGGCAAAGCGAUGCCACUUUGAUCAUAAUGUCUAUCUUAAAGUACCAGGAAAAGUGCACCCUAACUUUACUCCAGUUGGAGAAAACAUCUGGACUGGCUCGCUCUCUCUCUUCUCUGUGAGUGCAGCCAUCCGCAACUGGUAUAAUGAAGUCACAGACUACAAUUUUGAGACCCGCUAUUGUACAAGAAUGUGUGGCCAUUACACCCAGGUUGUUUGGGCCACAAGUUACAAAGUUGGCUGUGCAGUUCAGUUCUGUCCUAGCGUUACAGGUUUCAAAGGACUCACCAAUGGAGCACAUUUUGUUUGCAACUAUGCACCAGCUGGGAAUUAUCCGACACAGCCUUAUAAAACAGGAGCAGCAUGUAGUGACUGCAAUGGUGAAAAGUGUGUGGACAAGCUCUGUGAAAAUCCAGAACGUGAGACAUUGAAAAGUUACUCCAGUUGGUAUCCAGACUGGGACAUACCUCCACGCCCCAACCCCUCCGGUGCUCCACGCCCCAACCCUCCACGCUCCUCGUGUGACCAAUACUGUAUUACUGUUUUAGUAGUAAGGCUACUGUUUGUGUUACUGAUUAUUGGUGCUGUCUUACUAGUACAAUGGCAGUAUCCCCAGAUAUUUAUAUAUGAGUAAUCUCCAUUUGCCUCCUAUUGUCAGUGUACAUAAGCAUUAGUACCAGCCAGUUUUCCUGGGCUGCUCAUGGUUGUUUGGGGCAAGGAAGAGGAGGAAGUGUGCAUGUUAACUAUUCAAUCAAAGCCAGAGAUUUUGUACCUCUCUGCACCCCAGGUGUACCUCUUCGUUGUCCAUUCUUUUCCCUAAGAAACACCUUAGAACUUAAGGCCAGAAGGUGACAGCUUUAGACAUUUCACUAUAACUGCCUUCUCCUAACUGUCACCAUUGUCAAGUAAUGAUGUCCCUUAAACACAUCAUGAGAAGCACCCCAGUUCACAGCUCCAGGCCAAUGUGGGCUGCGGGAAGUGGCGCGGGCCAAGGGACAUACUUCCAGCAGCCCCUAUUGGCCAGGAGCAGUGAACCACGGCCAGUUGGAGCCGCGAUCGGCCGAACCUGCGGACGGGGCAGGUAAACAAACUGGCCUAGCCCGCCAGGGGCUUUUCCUACACAAGCAGCGUCCACAGUUUGGGAAAUACUGGGUUAUAGAAUCAUGGGAACUCCCCUCUUACCUUCUAUUUCUGCCCCCAAGCUGUUUUUCCAUACAUAAGGUUUUAAUAAGUGUCCAUCCUACCUCUGUCAGCACUGCCAUGAGGCUCUUGUCUUGUUCACUUAGCAGCCUCUGCUCAGUCACUCUAGUGCUGCUCCCAGAAGUGUUGAUUCAGCACAAGGGGCACAAGUGGGACUGCAGCAGAGGUAGGACAGAGAGAGGCCUUAAAAGACUUAUUUACUUAUUACCAAUGGGUUGGAUUUGACAUUAAACUAGCAACUAGCUUGGAUUAAAAUAACCCCCCAAGUCCCUGCAGUUCUAGUUGAGGGGGUGGGGGCAGGGAAAGAGCAGGAGAGGUAUCUAUUUAAUACACAAUAAACACUGAAUUACAUACCAAAUGAGCUAUACAUGACUUUACUCACCUAAAAUGUAAGCCACCACAUUGCAAGCCCAGUUUUCUUUUGUGAUACCAGACUAGACUUAAUAGUCUUAUAUUAGGACUCUGGCAAUGGCCUAUAUCCAAUUAUUUACAGAAAAAUAACCCAUUACGCGCCUGACUGAUUGUGCAAUGCUUUAUCCCAAGAGAAAAAUUUCUCCCUGACUCGCAAGGCAAUCAGAUUGUGCUCUGUAGCAGGACAUUUGGCUGCACUUCUCAUGCUGAGCUAUGGUACAAAUAUUCUUAAGGAUCAUAAAAUUAAUGAUAGUCAAUAUUGCCCUUCAAAAAUAUAGAUACAGCUAAAGCAUUGUUCAGUUAACUGUCUGCAGCAGGGGAAUGCAGAGUUUGAUAUUACCCUGAAAAAAGGAAUAUUUCUUUUUUAUUGGCUGUAAAUUGAUACUUCACCAGUCAGAGAGAAAACCAAGGUUCAUGGUGGAGUCUCUAUCACUGACAAUUUUUAAAUCAAGAUUGGGUGUUUUUCUAAAAGCUGUGUUCUGGGAAUUAUUUUGGGGAGUUCUAUGGUUGGCUGUGUUAUACGGGAGGUCCCAAUGAUCUCUUCUCACCUUGGAUUCUAUGAAUCCAUUGAAGAUACUCAUGAAUUGUUACUGCUACAUCUCUGAAAUAAGAAUGACAAUCACACAGCUACAAAAACAGUUUAGUUGUGUUUGUCAUAUAUUGCUUUCAUAUAUAAUAAAGAAAAUCUCCCAUUUA